CUUUUAUUUGCCAGCGGGAAGUGGCUAAAGGAGGAAGUAACAGAGUGAGAGUGAGGGAAAUCAGAGGCCCAGGAGACUCAGGAGUGGAGCAUGUAGCCUGCUCUUGCUGGCAGGCUCCCCCAAGGUGAUCCGGUGAGAGAAGAUGCAUUUGUCAUUGCUGGCUCUCUUUCUCUUCUGGAUCUCAGGCUGCUUCACUGCUCAGGAUCCAGUCACAGGUCCAGAGGAGGUGAGCGGUUACGAGCAGGGCUCCCUGACAGUGUGGUGUCGAUAUGGCUCAUGGUGGAAGGAUUACAGCAAGUACUGGUGCCGAGGACCUAAGAGGAGUUCCUGUGAGAUUCGAGUUGAAACCGAUGCAUCAGAGCGCUUGGUGAAGGAGAACCAUGUGUCCAUCAGGGACGACCAGACAAACUUCACCUUCACAGUGACCAUGGAGGACCUGAGGAUGAGCGAUGCUGGCAUUUACUGGUGUGGAAUUACAAAGGCUGGAUAUGAUCACAUGUUUAAAGUUCAUGUGAGCAUUAACCCAGCAACCCAGUCACCCACUACAGUGCCAACAACGCCCACCACCACCUCCACCACCACCAUCUUCACAGUGACAACCACUGUAAAAGAGACCAGCACGCUUUCAACGCAGACCAGCCACUACUCUGAUAACAGGUAUGACAGUGGUGGUGUCGGCGACGGUAAUGGGUUUCUGGAUCUCAGCGUGCUCCUCCCAGUCAUCUCUGCAGCCCUGUUGCUUCUCUUGCUGGUGGUCUCACUAAUUGCUUGGAGGAUGGUGAGGAGACAGAAGAAAGCUGCUGGACCACCCUCAGGGCAGGUAAAAGUGUCCCAGAGGCCAGACGAAGAGACCAGCAGGCUUCUCUCUCCCUCUUUUCCUUGUUUUUUCACCUCUUUGGAGCCUCCUCUGGAGGAUGAUCUCUGUUAUGCAAACCUGUCACUGCAGCAGCCCAGAACCUCCCCUUUGAAAAAGGGCUCCUCCAUGUCCUCCUCUGGCAAGGACCACCAAGAGGAAGUGGAAUACGUCACCAUGGCUCCCUUCCCUAGGGAGGAGAUUUCAUACGCUGCUCUGUCUUUGGCGAGCUUGGGUCAGGAACCUACUUACAGCAACACUGCCUGCCUUGUCACCCAUGGUCCCAGGACAAACCUUGGAGAGGAGACCACAGAGUACAGCAGCAUCAGGAGGCCCAUGCCUUGAUCUUGGUCCCUGAAGGUGGCCCGGGAGCAUGCGUUUGCACAUCGGCCUCUGUGCCUGCUUCCUUACCAGGCCUGGCGGGCGACUGAAACUCUGAACGUUCAUCUCUCAUGGUCUUCAGCUCUACCUUGAGCUUGGAGUUCAGCCUUGGGGGGCUCCAGUGAAUUAAGGCUCCUUCCACAUCUCUCCACAUAGAGCCAACGCACCUUGGAAGGUACCAGGCAGGCUGCUUCAGGGAUGCUGUGUAAUUCAUAACGGUGGCAAUAAUAAUGGCAACCAACCUUUAUUUAUUGUUAUUCAUACGGGUGCCCCUCCCGGACAUUUUCAUCCUCAUACCCAAAAUCUGUGAAUUAUUCUUACAAAGGAAGACAGAUAUAUAUGUGUUUAAGUUAGGGAUUUUGAGAUUUAAGUCUGUUAUUAUCCAAGUAGGUCCCAUAUAAAGCUACAAGGGUCCCUUUAAAGGGGAAUAGAGCAAGUCAGAGAAAAAGGGGGAGGGGGAGGGGAGAGGAAGGGAGAAAGAGGGGAGGAGAGAGAGGGGGUGGAGAGAGGCGACAACAGAAGCAGAAGGUGGAGGGAUACAGCAGGAGCCAGGAUGCUGUGCGUCCAGCAGUCAACCAAGACAAGUAUCAGACAGACCCCUGGGUGGGACAUCUUAGAGCCAUUAGUCCUGCUAGGGUUGUUGAAUUGACUGUGUACUUUCAGAAUUGUACAAGAAUAAAGCUGUAUUGUUUUCAUUUA